AUGGCGAGCGCCCAUGACGGCGCUGAAAAUGUGGAGGGAGGGUUGAAGUUGGCGAAUCGCGCCGCGGAGAGCAAUAGUCAAUACAUCCAGAGCCAUAAGAAUGAUCUGGUGGCAUGGCAGCUUUGGGAUGCGAAGACAUUGGAGCUGGUGCGAACAAGCGGACGACUUGUGUUCCUUAGUAUUGGAUAUGCGUCAUGUCAUUGGUGCCAUGUCAUGGCUGCCGAAACCUUCAGCGACCCCCCAACCGUCAACAUCCUCAACGACUCGUUCAUCCCUAUUAUCGUCGACCGUGACGACCGCCCCGACCUCGAUCGCAUCUACAUGAACUACGUGCAAGCAACCACUGCGACCGGAGGCUGGCCGCUCAACGUGUUCCUCACCCCCAGCCUUGCGCCGAUCUUUGGGGGCACUUAUUUCCCUCCCCGUCGGGCCGGCGCAGGCGGUCGCAGCGGCACAUCCGCCCCCUCCGGCACCGCGAGACACGCCGGCAAGUUCCAGCGACCCGAUCCGACCGACACCGGGAACACCGGUGCCGCCAGCGGCGCGGUGGCGCCGCCGACCUUUGUCGCGAUCCUCCAGCACCUCAAAACCGUCUGGGAUGCCGACCGCGCAGGCUGCGAAGCGACGGCGCGGCACAUCGUCAAGCAGCUGAGCGACUUCGCGGCCGAGGGCAUGAUCUCGCGGGAGGGGCGGCGCGAGUCGUUCAUCAAUCUGCAGGCGCUGAACAAGAGCGAUCGAUCAGAUUCGACAAACACGAACACGGGGAGCGCGAGCGGGGCGUCUGCGACGGAGACGGUGUCGGGACAGGAGAAGAUUGAGUUUCUGCCGCUGACGCAUGCGCCACCGCCGGAGCAGUUCGUGGAGUUCGAGGACGAUCCGGCGCAGAUGCUUGAGCUCGAUUUGCUGGACGAGGCGUAUGAGCACUUCUUGGGCCGCUUCGACAAUGCGUUCGGCGGGUUUGGCACGAAUCCGAAGUUUCCCACCCCGAUCAAUCUGCAGUUCUUGCUACGGCUGGGUGUCUGGUCGGAGCCGGUACAAGAUUUGGUCGGCGAGGCUGGGGUCACCAGAGCGCGGGCUAUGGCGCUGCAGACACUGGAUGCGUUGAGUUUGUCGGCGCUGUGCGAUCAGUUGGAGGGAGGGUUCCAUCGAUACAGCGUGAGUCGUGAUUGGAACGUGCCACAUUUUGAGAAGAUGUUGUAUGAUCAGGCGCUGCUGUUGUCAACAUACACGGAUGCGUGGGUGUUGACAAAAGAGGCGAGAUAUCUCGACGCGGUCAAGGGGUUGGCCGCGUAUCUGCUUGAGGGGCCGCUAGUGGCGAAAGAGGAAGCCGUCGCAGGAGCGUUCUACUCGGCGGAGGACGCAGACUCGGCAGCACAUCCCACCGAACAGGCGAAGCGGGAGGGAGCGUUCUAUCUAUGGGGCAAAUGGGAGCUGAACAAGGUUUUCGGAGAGGAUAGCCGGGAUGCGGAGAUAUUGGCACGCCAUUUUGGCGUUGUCGAUGCGGGCAAUAUCCCAGAAGAAUUCGACAGCGAGGAAGAGUUCCGCGACCUGAACGUCUUGGCAGUCAAGGUCCCCGCGACGAAGCUCGCAGAGGAGUUUAGCGUAUCGGAAGAGGAAGUACAGAAAUUGAUCACGGAGGGCAAGGAGAAAUUACGGGUGUAUCGCAGUGAACGAGGAAGGCCGGACGUCGACAAGAAGGUCGUAGCCGGAUGGAAUGGUUUGGCGAUCGGAGCCUUAGCGAGGGCAUCGCGAGCCAUUGAUGCUUCCGAUUCCGUGCCAGACUUGGCCGCGAAGUUACAGCAAGCAGCAAUCAAGGCGACGAACGUCCUCAAACAAUCUUUGGUAGACGACAGCGGUCGGUUGUAUAGAAGCUGGGGCGACGGACGACGAGGCGAUGCGGAAGGAUUCGCGGAGGACUAUACUUACUUGAUCUGGGGAUCGAUCGAGUUGCACCAGACGACCGGCGACGCCGGGAUACUUGAGUGGGCGACUGACCUGAUGGAAACCUACAUCUCCCUCUUCCACGACACCCACCACGAAGGCUUCUUCGCCACCUCUGCCCCCUCUUCCGCCCCCGACCCCUCUUCCCUCUUCCACCCCUCCUACCUCACGUCCACCUUUCCCACCACCUCCACCCCCACCCCUUCCUCCCCAACCUACGCCCCUGACGCCUCUCCCUCCCGCCACGCCUCCCUCACCGAACCCCCCUCCCUCACCCGCACCCCCACCGCCCCCUCCUCCGAGCUCAUCCUCCGUCUUAAAGACGGUAUGGAUACCGCCGAGCCCUCCGCUAACGGCAUGACCGCGCAAAACCUCUUCCGCCUCUCCGCGCUGCUGACCCGCGUGUCCGCCCGCCGCGGCUCCACGCACGACCCCGCGCCGUCCACCCACGCGCAGCAAUCCAACCGGUACGACCGGCUGGCGAAGCGCACGCUGCUGGCGUUCGAGGCGGAGGCGAUGCAGCAUCCGGGGUUGUUUGCGUCGUUGUUGGAGGCGGUGGUGAUGGCGCGGGAGGGGGUGGGGAGGCUGAGUGUGGUAGGGGAGGGUGAGGGGGUGCAGAGGGAGGUGAGGAGGUGUUGGGCGAAUCGGAAUGUUAUGGUGGGGGAUUGUUGGGUUGUGGAGAGGGUGGGGAAGGAGGUGGAGGGGGGAGUGAGGGUGGAGGUGUGUGAGGCGGCGGGGAAGAGAUGUAGGGUUGUUGGGGUGGAGGAGGUGGAGAGGUUGAAGUGA